CAAAUCUUAUCACGUCAGAAUGAGACGCUUGGGUAAAUGUGCACCCUUCAGUUUUACGCAACAAAUAUAAAAAGAACGCAUAGAGUUACUUUGUACAAGAUUUUUCCAUUACCCUCUUUCACUUUUUUGACCAUGAACGCCAAAUUCUUGAUCGCUUACAUUGCCCUCGUUCUUGCUGUUACCAUGGCCAACGCCCAGGAUCAGCAACAGCAAUCCGACAACGCUCAACCUACUGCCGUUGAUAACAACCAGUCUGGCUCUGCUACUCCUUCCGUGAGCUCCUCCAUGGUAUCCAAGGCCGUUUCCGUUGCCUCUGACAAGUUGGGUCCUUCCUCUUUCAGCUCGGCUUCCAUGAUGGUUAGCAGCAAGGUUGAAAGCCUUUCCAGCUCCAUGGCCACCCUUGUUCCCUCGGCUGCUGCUAGCAAGUCUGCUUCUCUUGUUGACGGUGUCAACUCUAUUGCUUCCUCUGUUGCCGGUAAGGCUACUGGCAGCGCUGGCAGCGAUAACAACAACGGCGACAACACCACCAACGCUGCUGUCGGUCUUCAAGCUUCUAUGGCCGCUCUCGUCUUCGCUGCUACUUUCGCUUUCAUGUUCGCCUAAUUUUUUUUCCUCACUACCUUGUCACCAUCAUUACCUUAUCUCUUCUGUACUACUAGUUUCUCACCAAUAAAUUAUAUG